GAAUGUCUACAAGGAUCUGAGGCAGAUUGAGCUGGCCUGUGACUCCCAGGAGGACGUGGACAGCUGGAAAGCCUCAUUCCUCAGAGCAGGAGUCUACCCAGAGAAAGACCAAACAGAGAAUGAGGAUGGUGUCCAGGAAAACACCUUCUCCAUGGACCCUCAGCUGGAGAGGCAGGUGGAGACCAUCCGGAACCUGGUGGACUCUUAUGUCAGCAUCAUCAACAAGUCCAUCCGGGACCUCAUGCCAAAGACCAUCAUGCACCUCAUGAUCAACAACACCAAGGAUUUCAUCCACUCGGAGCUCCUGGCUUACCUGUACUCCUCUGGGGACCAGAGCAGCCUGAUGGAGGAGUCGGCGGAGCAGGCGCAGCGGCGGGAGGAGAUGCUGAGGAUGUACCACGCCCUGAGGGAAGCUCUCAGCAUCAUCGGGGACAUCAGCACCAGCACCGUCUCCACC